UUUAUAAAAAGGGUUACUGUUUAAUUACCUUGGAAACGAAUUACCAUUGAAAAGUUUGCAUCUUUUUUUUCGUUUGUAGCUAGAACAAGACAACUCCAUCUAGACACGGAACAAGUGAAUGCAAAUAACUAAGGUUUCUCUGUAAACGAGGUUAAAGUGAUUAAAGAAAAUGAGAAAAGUAUGAGAUUUCAUAGAAGCAAAGUAGCUUCUUAGUUUGUUAGUCAUAAACAUUCUGUUUAUCUGUGGUCAAUUCAAGUUUUAGAUCGAAAAUGAUCCAUUUGAGAUGAUUCGUGGUUUAAAGAAGUACUCUAGCCACAGCUGGAGUUGACAACCAAAGUGAGAAACUAUUGUCUACUGAUCAUACUUCUCAGUAAAAUUAUCUCUGAACAAAGACUGUAAUUUUUUGCUGCUGUCUGGAUACUUGAGAAUUCAGGGAGUGAGGUGAUCAGAACUCCAAGUUGUCCUUUCUACUCUGCCAUAUGAUACACCACUAGACUGUAAUUGGUAUUUCAUAUUUGAUUGAAAAUGGAGAUCAAAGAAGCAGAUAGAGUUGUUAUAGCUAAACCAGUACCUUCAAGGCCUACUUGUUCCACUUUUGGGCCUUUCUCAGAGCUCCUAGCAGGUGCCAUAAAUGCGGCACCACCUACUGUAUGCCCUGAAACUGCAGUUGUUGCCAUUAGACCAAAGACAGUGAGGUUUAAGCCAGUGGUGAAUCGUGUUCCACCAAAUCAGGCUGAACAGUCUAGAACAGCAAUUUGUAAUUCAUCCGACAAAGCUUCAAAAUCAGAUAGUACACCACCCACUGUGGUUUAUAAGCCACUGGCGAAGCUUGUAUCAAAGGCAACUGUUUCUCUCUUGGCUAAUAUGGGAAACUUUAAUAAUACUAGCCGUCAACAAACACAGCAAUCAGUUGAGGCUCGUGUUCAACAUCAAAGUCAAGAUAAACAAAAUUUUAGAGCCCAAGUUAACUCAAACCUUAACCUGAUUGUGCCACUGCGUAAUGAAGCAGAUCAAACAAUUGAAUCCUCAAAGAUAGCAUCUCAGAACUUGGAGGAGGAUCCAAAAGCCUUACCAGCCAUAGCUGGGGAUCGACCUUCAUAUGAUGGCUAUAACUGGAGGAAAUAUGGGCAAAAGCAAGUCAAAGGAAGUGAGUACCCACGAAGUUAUUACAAGUGCACGCACCCAAACUGUCCUGUGAAAAAGAAGGUUGAGAGGUCAUUUGAUGGGCAAAUUGCUGAAAUUGUCUACAAGGGUGAACACAAUCAUUUAAAGCCUCAGCUCCCUAAGCGGAGCUCAUCAGGGACACAAGGACUAGGAUUAGUAUCUGAUGGCACUGGUCAAGAUGCUAACAAUCCUGUAUGGAAUACUAAUCUGAAUGAAAGAAAUGAAGGUUCAGAAGGUAGAGUAGAAAAUCAGAAUGAAGUAGGUUUAUUGGCACAUUCGACUUAUCAAGGCAAAGCUCCUCUACCGUAUGAGCCUAUUGUGCCUACAGCGAACAAUGCAGUUGGUGGAACCUCUGAUAAUUCUUGUGGCCUUAGUGGGGAAUGUGAUGAAGGAAAGAAGGGAUUGGAUGGAGAGGAUGAUGAACCCAGAAAUAAGAAAAGAAAAUGUGAGAAUCAGUCUAAUGAAGCUGGCAUUUCAGAGGAGGGCGUACAAGAGCCCCGCAUUGUGGUGCAAAGUUCCACAGAUUCUGAGAUUUUGAGUGAUGGCUUUCGCUGGAGAAAAUACGGCCAGAAGGUUGUGAAGGGAAAUCCUUAUCCCAGGAGUUACUACAGAUGUACAAAUCUUAAGUGCAAUGUGCGGAAGCAUGUGGAACGAGCAUCAGAUGAUCCAAGAGCUUUCAUUACUACAUAUGAGGGAAAGCAUAAUCAUGAUAUGCCUCUAAGAAACACAAAUCCAGUGGCCACUGAAUCAGAUUCACCGGCUGCUACUGGUAAAGAUAAGCCAUGAUUGCAACCGUGGAAGGAAACCAUAUCAAGAAGGCAUUUGAUCUGACAAAUCAUGUUGGAAAGAGUUCAAAGGUAUCGGAACCAGAUGCGUGUAACAGUUCUGAAGUCUGUCAUGGCUGAUUUGUUGCAUCAUCCAUAUAGUCCUCCUGUGAGUUCCCGAUUAGACUUCUGAUGAAGAAAGUUAUAUGUGGGUAAUUCAAGAUAUUGGGCAGCUGACAUAUAUAGUUGUCCUUUAACCUUUUUUUCCUGUCAUUUGCAGGCCUCUGGCUUAGAGUACAGUUUUUAAUUUAUUUUCCACUUCAUAUAAUAAUUAAACCCGUCUUGCCUCAUCCGAAUAUAUAUAUCAAUACGCUGUAUUAAUCU